CUUCGAUUCUGUUUUAUCGUCGAAUCAUCAAGAAUAGUAUUGAAGAACAAGAUCAGUCUCGUUCGAUUUGGUAUAUAAAAAGUAUGUCGACAAAGAGCAAGGCAAAGAAUGCUUACUAUUUCUUCAUGCGUGACUGGAGAGCUGAACAAAAUACUCCACAUAGAAGUUUCGAAGAAAUUGCUGCAGAUCCCAGAUGUAACGAAGAAUGGAAAAACCUUCCAUCGAUACGCAGAGACCAAUACGAAGCUCUCGCAAAAGAGAACAAAAUUCUGUGUCAAAGAAGUUUAAGCAAAAACUCUGCGUCCAGGAAAAAUUUGAGGGAAAUAGAGGAACAAGAAAAACGAGAGGAAGAGUUUCGACAUAAUAUGUUGCAGUAUGUAUCCUCUGUUGUAUCGAUGGGACUAAAACAUGACAAUUUGGAAACGCUGAAAUUCCUAUUUAUACACGUGAACUGGUUUUAUAUAAAGAGUAUAGGAAUGAACAAGUACGAGUACGGCCCUGCUGAAUUUGCAGUCGCAGAGUUCAGUCUGAAGAAUGGAAUACAGAACGUGUACCAUGAAAUAUUGAAUAUAACAAUACCAUUAGGAUGGAUGAGGGAGGCGAUUGAAACUAGUAAAGAGACGCACCAAAUACCUGUAAAUUUUUCAGAAGGAGAAAGUGACUUCUGUCUCAUGUAUACGAAGUUGGUUAAGCUUUUAGAAUCCUACAAGACCGAAAACAAAUUUCCUCCUCUAUUCACUGUAGAGAGUACGACGAAUGCUGUCAACUCAUUGCUACUCAUGAUGACUGAAGCUGCUAAUCGAUCUAUUGAUGAGUUUCAAGUUUAUUCAUUGGAAACAUUGUUCGCAGAAUUGCGAAAUGUCAUUGUGAGAAAGACAGAAGGCCAAAGUAUUCCGCUUGUCAUAGCUGAAAUUGAAUUCGGAAAAGACAUAUUUAACUUCACCCCUGGCGCUGGAUGUUAUUUUCACAAAUUACUGGACAACGGGUCCCAGUAUUGCAGCAAAUCCGUAGUUACGCGAUGGGGAUAUACUAUAUGCGACUAUUGCUGCAUACACAUGAAUAUAGACAUGGUCGAAGGUGUCCAUUAUCCGAAUUCACGAGUAGAUCAUCAACAGUGGAAUGACAAUGGUAUUGACGAAGUAAGUGCUCGUAUGGAGUAACUGAGCACUGAGCACAGUAAGCAGAAAAAUGUUCUUGAAAUGGACGAAUAUUUCGAAAGCAUAAAGUUAAAGUAUCUGAACUAACACAUGCAGAAGAGCUAUGCGAGUAAUGUAAACCGUUGGAAAUAAUUAGCAUAGCAAAUUUGGGGAAAGCAAUAGUUCGACCUCAUACUUUGUGUAUUUAUUAUGUCAGCUGGCAAAAACGAAACCGAUCUCUCAGAUAUCGAUAGGAAAUGUUCACCCGUUGAAUGAAGUCAAAUUUUCGUUGAUAGGAAGAAGAAUUGGGAUUACAAAGGUAAUGAAAGAAAUGUAAUCUUUAGGAAAGGGACGCACUUGUUAAAUAUAAAGCUUUUAACAAAUUAAA